AUGGGCUGGAUUAGGAAGGCGGGAAGGGUGACCAUUCGCCUUCCUUCCACAGAGGUAAUGGAACGGGGCCUGCUUGGUCGUGAACUUGUACAGAUGAUAAAGCAACUAAAGCCCCAUACGUUUUGCCCAUUCUGUUGGCACUGUGUUUUAACUUGUUUCCUGUUGAGUGAGGUGCCUGAACUGGUGAAUGUGGCAGCUCUGAUCAUCAUUAGGGCUCAACAGCCUGCCACAGCUUUUCAGGAUAACUUCUCUGUAAUUCAGAAUGGAUACAGUGGGAGGAGUCCAGCAAGGGGGAAUGGAACGUACUAA